AUGGCCUCACAGUUUGCUAUGCAGCCGUUUUACAGGUCUACGCCUCUAACUGUGGAUACCCACCACGCCCAGCAGAAGUAUUUUGAAGAAGAGGACAAGAGCGGUGUAUUGGACGAUGGGGUCAUUGAGCACAACGCUGUUGACUCCGCCUUGGAUCUCUCACCACCCAUGGCCAACAGUCGACGAGAGUCCUUUGCUGUUGGCAGCACGCUUUUCUCCCCAAAGACGGAAGAUUGGCAGUCUGUAGAUAUGCAGUCUGUGCCAACGAACCCUUUCUCGGACCAGAACGGUGGGAGCAAUGUCAACGGCGCUCCCAACCCUUUCAUGCAGCCACACGGCCAGGUUUUCCCUCAACACGGCUCUCAGUGGGCUAUGGGCAACAACUGCGGGCCUGACAACUCCAUGCAGCAGUUCAACAACGUCUCUCCUGCAUUUAGUUCUGCCAACUCCGUCUUUCAGCGACCAUUGCAAAACCAUAACCCGUUCCACAAUACGGGGAACGUGUUCGCGUCGCUUCACCAAGGGGAUCAGUCUAUUCCAACCUCUCCCCAGAAGGAGUGGAUGGUUCCUGCGCAACCAAUGAACAAGAAGAUGCAGCCUGAAAGCCCCAUGAUUCGGUCACACAAUGAUAUGAGACGAGGAGAUGGUAUCCGCAAGAAGAACGCACGCUUUGACAUUCCGGCUGAACGCAAUUUGAGCAAUAUCGAUUCCCUCAUCUCCCAAUCCACAGAUGAACAAGAGAUCAAGGAGCUGAAGCAACAAAAGCGCCUGCUGAGAAACCGCCAAGCAGCCCUUGACUCAAGACAACGAAAGAAGCAGCAUACUGAGCGACUGGAAGACGAGAAGAAGCAGUAUACUGCACUUAUCACCGACCUGGAGGAGGAGAUAUCGACUUUAAAAGUCAAGUUCGAUGGACUCAUGCAAGAGAAGCAAGACCUUGUGGACUUUGUUGAAGGACUACGCAUCGAGAAGGACGACAUGAUUCGUGCGCACACUCUCGAGACUGGUGAACUACGGAAAAAGGUCAACGUCCUUACGGAACACGUUCAGAGAUUGGAAAGCCAACCCCUGGCUUCCUCAGGCACUGGUGCGAACGGUGGCAUCUCCGACAACUUUGGUAUGGAAGGUAUAGGGAUGCCAGGGGCUUGGGAUAACCCGAACUUCCUCAGUGACUAUUCCGCGGACACAUUGCAUGUUAGACCGCAUGUCUCGCUUGCACCGGCCAAAAAGAACGACAGCACCGCCACAACGCUCGAGGGCGACAAGGGCGCCUCUCAGGGAGGUUUAUUAUUCAUGCUCUUCCUCGUUGGCGCACUUGUCAUGUCUAGCCGGUCUAUGCCAGCCAUCCCGCGUGUAUCCGAGGAUGUCCGCGCCGCAUCAGCAACUCUCCUUGAGAAUGUCCUCAAGGAUGCCGGCAUCAACUCAGGGUCAGCAGGAAUGCAAGCCAUCGCCCCUCAACCAUCUAGUGCGAGUUGGGCUCAUCCCCAUGUCACCGGCACAGGCAUUGCCGAUAUCAGCAUGGAAGGCGGCGUCCCAUCGAUGCUUGAAGAGCUGGGCGAUUCAUUGACACAGCCAACACAAGAUCAGCUGAACGAGCAAAUAUUUUCCCUUUCGGCAGCACAGUAUGACGGUGUGAGCAACCAAGAAUUUCUACAGCACGCCCCUGAAAGAUCAACGAGCCAGGGGCGUAAGAACCUCGCAGACGCUCUGACCGCGAUGCGUGCAGCAAACAGACAAGGCGGUGCUGCUGACGUAUACACACGCUCACUUCUCUGGGAUCAAAUUCCCAGCGAUGUUGUUCGAAACUUUGCCAAAAUGGUUGCGGAGAGCAGCCAUGCAACGAAUCGCAAUGAUUACGACAUGAAAUGA